AUGCCGGACGUGAACACGCUUCCGUCAAGUCCACGUCGUCCGACGCUUCCUGAUGCGUUGAAAAUCAUUGCGGAGAACCUGAGCACGGAGAGGGAGCACAGGGCGACGGUUGCCGCGACCACAUCAUCGGAGGGAGAUUCGGACGCCUUUGAGGAGCCGGUGUCCGCAGCCGUGACCGCUGACACUGGAUUUACGAUGAGAUUGGAUCGUCCGCAAUCCAGUGCGUCCAAACAUGUCUACGUCGGUUCUCGGACCUUCAACUCUCGUCUUCCGGUACACGAUCUCGAAGCCAAGGUCGACAUGCUCUUCACCACUCACAUCGACGGAAGCGCGGAUCCCGAGACGGCCACUCCGGAGAUCCGGAUCCGUCCAUGCGAGGGAACUUUCUGGCCGGAUCUUCUUCCAGGUGCUGGUGCGGGAGAUCCGGGGGACUGGAAAUUGGGGCUUUUUGUCCGGCCUGGAGACAUUUACGGAGACCUCAGUGGGCUCUGGAAGCGAAUGGGUGGCGGCGCCGGACGAUACAACGAUCGAUGUGUCGGUCAGUUUUCUUUCGCCUCCAAAGAUCUCCGAUACUCCAGCUUGGCACAGGGAGCUGCGGGAGUUGACACGUCCCAUCGCGUGGCGCGGCUAGAAAACGCCAACAGACCCCCUGCGGUGAUGGCAAUAUGCAGACAGGAUAUGUCGUGCGGACGUGCCAUGGCUGGUGGCAAAUAUAGGCUUGGCUCCUGUGGCUCGGCUUGCAGACUGCGAUCUUUGGGUCCAGACUGA